UAUCCUGCCUUCAUCACUCCAUCACCAUUUCACUAUAAUCAUAAAUUUUGUUUUUCUCUCUCUUUUUUUUCCCUUGCAAAAAUGACUAAAGACGUAGUAGCGGAACAAGGUUCAUUUUCCGCCAAGGACUACCAUGACCCACCACCGGCGCCGUUAAUUGACCCGGCGGAGCUGACCAAAUGGUCAUUUUACAGAGCUAUCAUUGCUGAGUUCAUUGCAACACUUUUGUUUCUUUAUAUAACUGUUUUAACUGUGAUUGGCUACAAGAGCACAACUGACCCUGCCUUGGCCGCUGACCAAUGCGGCGGUGUUGGUAUUCUUGGUAUUGCUUGGGCUUUUGGUGGCAUGAUCUUUGUUCUUGUUUACUGCACCGCCGGUAUCUCUGGAGGACACAUUAACCCAGCAGUGACGUUCGGACUAUUUUUGGCUCGAAAAGUGUCAUUGAUAAGAGCAUUUAUGUACAUGGUGGCUCAGUGUUUAGGAGCCAUAUGUGGUGUGGGUUUGGUCAAGGCUUUAAACAAAGGUCUAUACAAUAAGUACGGCGGAGGAGCCAACACACUUGCCGACGGCUACAAUAAAGGCACCGGCCUUGGUGCGGAAAUCAUCGGCACUUUUGUUCUCGUUUACACCGUUUUCUCGGCCACCGAUCCCAAAAGAAGUGCUCGUGACUCCCAUGUUCCCGUUUUGGCACCACUACCUAUUGGGUUUGCCGUAUUUAUGGUUCACCUUGCAACUAUUCCGAUCACCGGAACCGGUAUUAACCCGGCUAGGAGUCUUGGAGCUGCAGUUAUUUACAACAAGGACAAAGCGUGGGAUGAUCAGUGGAUAUUCUGGGUGGGACCCUUCAUUGGGGCAGCAAUUGCAGCUUUCUAUCACCAAUUCAUAUUGAGAGCAGGUGCAGUCAAGGCUCUUGGAUCAUUCAGAAGCAGUACUCAUGUUUGAGAUUUUGCUUUAAAUUAUUGUUAUUGUUGUAUUUUUCUUUCAAUCCCAAAAUUUGAAAAUUGAAAUAAUAUUUAUGGUUGAUUUGAA